UUGCGAAUUGAAACUUGUUGAAAGAUGUUCAAUGUACUUAUGCCAUGUCUUGUUUUGUGGAAUGCUCUACUUUUGGGGGCCUUCCCCUUGGAUCGCCAAAGUAUUGUAAUGGUUGGUGGAAAGGAUUACUACAUUUCUCUGGACAAAUCAAACUGGUUUGAAGCAACCAACCGUUGCCGUCAAAGGGAUGGAUUCCUAUUGAAUCUGGAGAGCCAGGAGGAACUAGAACUCCUUAGACCUUUCCUCCACCCAGCCUACAGCUACUGGCUAUCCAUCAAUGAUCUUGCAGUUCGGGGGGUAUACGUAUCGGAGGCUACUGGUCUUGAGGCCCCAUUUCUAAAUUGGUCCGCCGGACAGCCAGACAACAGCGAUGGCGACGAUCGGUGUGUGGAGCUCUGGCCAUCGACAAGUUCCCAGUUUCGAAUGAACGAUCUAUCCUGCAGAAGGUUGGUCGCCUUUACUUGCCAGUUAAACUAAAAUCACCAAUUUCCG